AUGUACAUUUUAACGUGGGGGUCUGUGGGGAUCAUUGGAGUCAGUCCCGAAAAAAUAGGCUGGAGGAAAGAGGCCUAUCACCUACUGGUGUUCGCCACAGACGAUGUACCUCACCUCGCUCUGGACGGCAGGCUCGGUGGUCUUGUUCAUCCCCACGACGGACAGUGUCACCUCAAUGACAACAACGAGUACAGCGCUUCCACAAAGAUGGACUAUCCUUCUCUGGCUCUUCUCGGGGAGAAACUGGCAGAAAACAACAUCUUUCUCAUCUUUGCUGUGACGAAAAGGCUGUACGUGAUCUACAAGGAUUUUACUGCACUCAUCCCAGGAACCACAGUAGAAAUCCUUGAUCAGGAUUCCAAGAAUGUCAUCCAGCUGAUUAUCGCAGCCUACAACAACAUCCGUUCUAAAGUGGAACUGUCAGUGUGGGACCACCCAGAGGACCUCAGCCUUUCCUUCACUGCCACCUGUCAGGAUGGAAACCCACUGCCAGGCCUCAGGAAGUGUGCUGACCUGAAGAUAGGAGACACUGUCUCGUUCAACGUCAGUGUGGAGGCAAGGAGCUGUCCUCCCCGUGGGACUGACCACAGAUUCACAAUCAAGCCUGUGGGCUUUAAAGACCGCCUGGAAGUGGCCGUGGAUUACGAGUGUGACUGCGGCUGCAGCCGGAAUGCACAAAACAAUAGCAUCAUCUGCAGCUCGAUAGGUACUUAUAACUGUGGGACUUGCCAAUGUGAGCCCGGCUACCUGGGUGCCCGCUGUGAAUGCCAGGAGGGUGAGACAAGCAACAUGUUUCUCAGCGCCUGCCGGGAAUCCGAGGGCAAACAGAUCUGCAGUGGACGAGGCGAGUGCAGCUGCAACCAGUGCCUGUGCUAUGAAUCGGAGUUCGGAAAGAUCUACGGCAGCUUCUGCGAGUGCGACGACUUCUCCUGUGCUCGACACAAAGGCAUCCUCUGCUCAGGUCAUGGUGAGUGUCACUGUGGAGAGUGUAAAUGCCACGCCGGUUACAUUGGCGACAACUGUAACUGCUCGACGGAGACAUCGGGCUGCAUUUCAGAUGACGGGCAGAUGUGCAGCGGGCGAGGCAGCUGCGUGUGCGGCCGCUGUCAGUGCACUGAGCCUGGAGCCUUUGGAGAAACCUGCGAAAAAUGCCCCACUUGCCCCGAUGCCUGCGGCACAAAGAGGGAGUGCAUCGAGUGCCGGCUUUUCAAUUCUGGAAGGCUUGCGGACAAUGAGACUUGCCAGCGACAGUGCAAGGAUCACAUCAUCACUGUGGAGACUCUCAAAACCGACGAGCCCGGCGCUGUGCUUUGUUUGUACAAGACAGACGACGAUUGUGUCAUGAAGUUCACAUAUUCUGAGCACGCCAGCGGACAAUCUAUACUCUCAGCUCUUAAAGAGCCAGAGUGCGUCAGGGGACCAGAUGCCCUGAUGGUGCUGCUGGCAGUGGUUGGGAGCAUCUUGCUGGUAGGACUGUUGCUGCUCGCCGCCUGGAAGCUGGUCAUCACUAUUCACGACCGGCGUGAGUUUGCCCGCUUUCAGAGCGCGCGCUCGCGUGCCCGAUAUGAAAUGGCCUCCAACCCUCUGUACAAGCACCCCAUCUCUACACAUUUUGUGGAAACAGAUUUCAGCAUGUACGGCAAGUCCUACAACGGAGGGCUGCACUGAUCCCUCAGUACAGGGCGCGGCGGGACCGGUCCAACAAGCAGAUCAAGGCGAUGUGCCUGAGGUGGAUGGUGGACUGAGCACACUCACCCGUCUGCACAGUGCACACCCACAGCGAUGGCAGAAGAGAAAUGACUUAAAGUGUGUUCAAAGAGAAGUCUGUGGCCUUUUUUGUUUUAUUUUCACCCAGGAGAUUCAAACCUCCUGUGUCUGUGCUUCACCGAACAAAUUAACACCACCCUCGUCGCGAUCAGGAGACAGUGAUUAAGGUUAGAAGUGAGCUCGUCUGCAGUUACUCAUCAUAGACCAACUUAUGGAAACCAUAACUCCAGCCACAUAAAAGCGCCGCUCAUUCUGUACAGAUCAGGCAAGACAUUGGCUUCUCUUUGUAUAUUUUUAUAGGCGUUGAAGAUGCAUUUGUAGCACAGACUGCGCACCCAGCAGGACUCUGAGCUGCAGAUGAUUCCAAUUCACAUGAUUCUUAAAAAGCACAUAUUUCUGAGGGGGCCGGGGCUAUUAAAAUGUUUUGGUACUACUAACUUUUACUAAGCAACAGACUUCUUACCUUCAUUUUGCACAGAGGUUAUUGAGUCAAGUCUUGGAAAGAUUUAAAUAGUUUUUUUUAAUGUCUUAUGUGUGUGUGUGUGUAUGCGUGCGUGCGUGUGUGUGUGUGUUAUUCUGUGCUCCAAUUGCACUCAGUUGCAGGGUACAAACUCACCCCUCAGCAUCUGAACACUGACGUUUGAGUCUGGUGUUGCUCUGUAACAAGAAAAGGACAAAUCUGGCAACAUUUUGGUCUGUUUCUAGAGAUGUCCUGGCCUCCUUACCACCUCUGAGACACUGCUACAAAACAUUCCCAAACAUUUAGCUUUCUUUAAAUGUACAACUAAAUAAAUAACAUGCAUUACAUUCUAUACGUUAAAACACAUUCAGCAGGGGUCAGCAAGUAUUCAAUCAUGGGCUCUUUAGUUAUAUACCGUAUAUAUUAUGGGUUCAUUUUUUAUAUGGGUUCAAUUAUUAACUUCCUUGAAUAUAGGCAGGACUGGAUUUAAUGUGGUUAUGUUUAUUGAUAUAAGCCCAGUGUUAAUAUUUUUAAACACAACUAUUAAACCUCAUCUUGUGUCGGGGAGGCUGAAUGGCCAGACUUUGCCCCUGAGUCACCAUUAGCCUGCCCAGUUUAUUUUAUGUUGUAAAAUAAAUGAGUGUUAAUAAAUUAAUAAGCUUAGUAUUGGGAGGUCACGGGGUCAAGGUCAGUCUGACGGUAAUACCAGUCCACAUCAGUUCAUCUAUCUUAUUGGCCAAUCUGAAGUGCUGCUGCCACUUCAAGCUGUUUUGCAACCCACCUCAGCUCCUCUUUAUCAUGUAUGUCAUUUGUACCCGGUCACAUUUUGGACAGAGAAGACAGAUGGUUUGAAAGAGGAGUAAAAGAAGCCAUCUACGUGCACUGUGAGCGACCAUCUUCGAACAGAGGUGGGCAGUGGUUUACGACACCAACUGUCUGCCAUCUAUAAUCCAGUGUUGAGAUCCCUUCCCAGACGUCUUAACGCCCACUCACAUCCUGGGCCUUUUGACCUCAGGAAAUCACAUGAUAGGGUGGGGCUAGGACUCGCAGUGAGUUCACCCUUUCCUAGCUCCUUAGUCUACGCUGACCUGGACGACUGAGAACCUUCACAGACAUGCCUGGUUCAGUAUCUUGCUUCUGCUCUUCCUGCUAUUUAGGCUUUCCAUGUAUGACAACGAGAGGGUGGGAGGUACCAGAGUCAUGCCACCAAAUCCAACCUCCUGCAGAUAAUUUGGAUAAAGUGUUCCUUACACAAUUAUCUUUUUGACUGUUUAGACAAAACAAGCAGCAAUAUAAUGAUGUCACUGUUACUAACUAAUAAAGUGCUAGAAUUCCAUUCACCAAAUAUGAAGCACAAUCUUCUUGGAAAUAUUGUCAGAUAAUUUUACUGAAAAGCCUUAACAAAAUCCAAAUUGGUAAGUUAAAUAGGAUACACUUUCACCCAUCAUCUAUUUUGAUUCUUUCAGUGUGGUUUCAUUUUUCAGUCUUUGAAUAUGCCGCUGAGUUGAAUAAGAUGUAUAUUUGGCUCUUAAUAUGCUGAAAAAAAACAUAUUAUUAAUUAUAAUCAACAGUGUCUUUUUAAAUGUAUUGACAGUAAGGAAAAUCUCAAACAUCACCAGCCUCUGAUUCUCUAAAACCAGCUCCCAAACACAGGGUUAGGGGUCUGAGCUGUGUAAAAUAGCCAGCAGUGUGGUGAUGACGUUCUCAACGGUUACAUUCACAUGCAGUGGAGACACAGAUCAGUGUGACUGUGACAUGUGCAGUGCUGUGUUAAUGUGGAUUUGGGCACAUAAUAUGACUGGCUUAUAGUAUGACGCUGUGUCCACCCUGCCAGCUGUGGGAGUGGGUGGAAGCAAAGUGUCCAGGGUCAUAAAUCAGCAGUCGUCGUUCCCACAGGAAGAAGCUCUGUCUGAAUCGUCAGAGGGAAAGCCGGACGUGUAGGGAGGGGUGAGCCCGGGGGAAGAAGGUGCUCUGUUGGGCUUUUUGGUAACAUUCUUAAGUGUAAGUGGCAGGAACUUGGAGUUGGCGUGUGUGAGUGAGUGAUGAGUGUUUGUUAAUAAUAUUGCAUGUGGGCAUACGGGGCUAAAAGUGCCGUGCAGUUUUCACUUGGCUCGGGUGUGCUUCUUGGCACAGCUGACUGAAGCUCUCCCACCCCUACCUUUUCCAGCUCCUCCUCUUUGUACAGCCCUGAACAUUUACACAUGGAAAAACAGGACUCGCAGCACUCCCUGUAACACUGCACGCACACACAGCAAAACAAUAAAUCUGCUUUUGUCAAAACUC